GAGUGCAGACGACGCGAAUGUGCGGAGAGUCUUUCUUUUUAACGACUUAAACGUCACCCGUUGUGCACAGCGUAUUAUUAAUCAUGUAACUACAAGCAAAGGCACUUGCUAUAAGGUGUUGGAAACACUUCGAAGAUCGUACGGAAAUGGGUCAGUGAGGUUCGGGCUAUAGAAACGCUAACGGGACUUCCUUUCAGCCUUUCAGACUAUGAACAGUCGUGUAACACUUCGCGGAUUGGGGUAAACUGUGCGAUUUUUUUUUUCUUUCUUUCUUUCUUUCUUUCUUCCUUUUUUCUUUCCUCGGUCUUCUUUUCUCGCGUCCCUCGACGACGAUCAUUGCCAUCGGGUCGACUGCCUCUCUCAAGAUCGGAGAGUCCCGGUGUCAAAUUCUAUACGAAUGUAUGUUGAUCGGUCGUCGAAGCGAAUCAACGUCAGUUUUGAUCUGACGGCAGUAAACGGACGAUAUUUAUUACUCGAAAAGUAGAACGGAGGAGAGAACUGCAUCCGAUGACCGCGUGUGCUGCAAUUUCUCCGCAUAAUAUGCGAAUAGCUGAUAAAAGGCGAGAAGCAUCGCGAGAAUAGAAACGUCAAUGGCAAGGCGUAUUUUCAAGGCGUGCCACGCCACGGGUCUUGUCCAUUUUUUUUUCCCUCGCAUUUUCAAAAUUUUGUGUCCACCUCACGUCGUCGCGGAAAUUCAAAGAUCUCGUUAACGGUUAUUUCGCAUCGAAUUAAACGAACAGCCAUCAAAGUGAAGGUGGUAAUUAUCGUCAAUUCAUCUGCACUUCAUGACGGAUUCGUGUCGUCAUAGUUCAACGAUUAGACGCAUCGCCUCGAUCGUCAAUCAUGGGACUUUCAUUUCAACGGGAAUUGCGAUAAGCGACCAACAUUUUACACGGCUAUAGCCUCGUUUGAUUAUCAUACAAUGAAUUUGAUUGGUAUUAUAAGCGCCGCCCUUCUCACCCCUCGAAAAGAAAAUUCUAAAUUAACGAGAAUGGCGCCGAACUUGUUGGGUAGUACGGCGACGCUGUUUCUAGAAGCGACACAGGAGGACGUUAGACAAUCAAAAAAAUCGACGGAACCAACGCCAUCGACGCCGAAGACUGUGGCAAAAAAAAGCGAAUCAAAUGAAACAACUUACGAGUGGAAAAUAGUCUGGCACAAUGUGAUCGCAUUUUUGUACCUUCACCUCGGCGCUCUGUACGGGAUCUACCUGUUCUUCGUGAGCGCGAAACUCCUCACCUUUGUCUGGACUAUGACGGUGGCGUCAACCGGUGCGGUGGGAAUCACGGCAGGAGCUCAUCGACUUUGGGCGCACAGAGCUUACAAAGCGAAAUGGCCUCUUCGCGUUCUUCUAAUGAUAUGCCAAACGAUGGCUUUCCAGAACCACCUGAGCGAAUGGGUUCGGGAUCACCGUGUCCACCACAAAUUCACAGACACGAACGCCGACCCUCACAACGCGAAGAGGGGCUUCUUUUUCUCUCACAUAGGGUGGUUACUGGUCCGCAAGCACCCGGACGUCAUCACGAAAGGAGCUACUGUGGAUGUCAGUGAUCUGGAAAAGGACCCAGUUGUCGUCUGGCAAAGAAGACUCUACGUGAUACUGAUGCCCGUAUUUUGUUUCCUCAUACCGACGUGGGUGCCCUGUCACUUUUGGGGAGAAACAGCGAUGAAUUCUUGGUACUGCGCGGCCGUAUUUCGUUACACCCUGUCUCUGAACUUGACUUGGUUGGUGAAUUCAGCGGCCCAUAUCUGGGGCAUGAAACCGUACGACGAUUCGAUCAGUCCAACGGACGACUUCCUCAUAGCCGUCGGUGCCUUCGGCGAGGGUUGGCACAAUUACCACCACGUAUUCCCCUGGGAUUACAAGGCGGCCGAGCUCGGCAACUAUCGCGCUAAUUUCUCCACGGCAUUGAUAGACUUCUUCGCUUGGGUCGGUUGGGCGUACGAUCUGAAAAGCGUACCGAUCGAAAUGGUCAAUAAAAGGGCGGCGCGGACCGGCGACGGAUCGAGAACCCGACAGAACGAACAUUACGGACAUUCUCACGAGGGUGCGAUAUGGGGUUGGGGCGACGCCGACAUGCACUCGGAAGACAUUGCGGACGCUCACAUAGAGAGGAAGGGGGUUUGAUUCGACCGACGAACCUGUACGAACGCUUCUUCGCUCACCGCAACGCGUACCGUUUUCACAGUCUGUUUUUGUUUCUUUUGUGAACUUUUUUUUUUUUUUCAAUUGCUAAAAGUCGAUCCUGCAGUGCCGGAUGUUUGAAGAUUAGGGCAUUCGAAGAUCGUUUGAUAACUUCAAUUCAUAACUCCGCUCGGGAUCGAUGAUCGAUCGUCAAUGAACAAGAUUUGCUUUCAGAUAUUAUCGCUGCUACCAAAGAAUCGCGCCCCGUCAUAUUUGUCCGAAGGUCAAUGUAUCUGCCAUCGACGAAGAUCUCAUGUCCUAUUCUUUCGUGUUCACCGCUCUUACAGUUUUUCGGCUUUUAUCUAACGUACAGGUUUUAUCGGUCGCACGAUUAAACUUCCUGCAUUUAAUCUGAUAGACAAAUCGGCACUGCAACUCCGAAUAUGAUUCGAUAUUUAGAAUUCGAUCAAUCGAGGGUAUGAAAAGUAUAUAUACAGUACUACGCUAGACGUACAAAAUAUAUGUGCGAUAUAAUGCAUUGUACAAGUAUUAUAAAAUUCGCGUAUUCAAACGGAAUGUUUAUUGUUAGUCAAACAGGUGCGAAGAUUAUCGCUAACGAGGAUAGAAAAAAAAAAAAAAACAAAUCGCGAAAGAUGAUAAUCUGAAAAUAAAAUAUUAAACAGAUACAUCGGAGAAAAAAAAUUAAUUAACGAUAAGCGGAAUAAAAGAGUUAAAAAAAUUAACAUUGAUUCGUGGUUUGCGUACAACUAUUAUGUGUAUCGUGUGUAUGUAUACACUUAGAAAUUUUGCCUUAUCAAUAAUUGUGAUAAAAGCCGGGAAGUAAUUGUUUUUUUUUUUAUUUUUUUUUUUUUACUUUGUUCUCUGGUUUGGUUCACGUGAAUCGGAAAAAGGCCUUUCUAUUAUAAUGCAACGUUCUCGUGCAUAUUAAUAUACAAAUAUACCAUGCAAUAGUUAUCGUCGUGUGUCUGUAGAUGAAGAUAUUUAGAAAAAUAUUGAUCAGAACUUCAACGCAUUUAGAUAACCUCGAUUCAAACGAAAGAUGUCAAUUCAAUGCUCAAAAUCUACCUGACCUUCGUCUCGAGUGGGGAAAAAAAAAUUGAUUCACACUAUAUACAAUUAUAUACAACUAGCUUAAGCAAAAAAGUUCAAUCGACUAACCCACGUCAAUUGCAGAGAGUACGAAAUUCGCUGAUUGGAAUUUGAACGGCUUCGAUGAAACGUAGGAUUUUUGUAGAACGUCGCGCAAAUUUACCGUACUAAUUUUAAGAAUAAUUUUUCUCGCGCGAACAAUAGACGAUCAAACGUUCGAAUAGGAAUGCUGAUUUUUUAUUCUAUAUUUACUGUAGAUAUACGUAUACGAUAAUUAUUUGAACGCGAAGAUUGAAUUAUAUUUCGCAUAGGAUAUACGCACACGAUCAAUUAUGUCUUCGUAACAUAGCUAAUAUUAUCUAUUAUAAUAUACCAUAGUAAAAGUGAUAAAAAAAAAAACUUCGGUCUAGAUUUUCUCUGUUUAAUAAUUUAUAAUGUAGUUAUGAUCGACUAAUGAUAAUGAUUUUAUACUUUGAUAUAUCCUCAUCUUAUAACGUGUACAACGUACCGCAGGUGGGUAGGAUUGUUCUAUCGGUUUCGAAUAUGAAUCUUUUCAUUCAUUUGUAAGUAAAUUAUUGUUAUUAUAA